AUGAAUAUAACAAAAACAUCAGACUCAAUUGAAUUAUCAAGCCCAUUUUUUAAUUUUCUAUGCGAUAAAUUUUUUUUUUCAUCAGAAUGGUUAACAUUUACAAUAUGCAUUUAUUUUACAUUUCAAACUGUAUUUUGGUUAUAUAAUUUAUUUCUUAUUUAUAUUGAAUUUAAUGACAUUCCUUCAAUUGAUAAAUAUCGAAUACAAAAACAUAAAGUGAAACUUCGUUUUCAACCAGAAAUGAUUCGUCAAAUGAAAGAAGGUACAAUAAAGCAUCAGUUAUCAUUAAUAUUAACCUUACCAUUAUUAUAUUAUUUAUUAAAUUAUUUUGGUCAUAUUUCUGUACGUUCAUCAAUUCCAUCGUUAUUGACGAUAACAUAUCAAAUAAUUUUAUUUAUAUUAGGUGAAGAUUUUCUAUUUUAUUGGACACAUUAUUUAUUUCAUACACCUUGGUUAUAUAAACAUAUUCAUAAAAAGCAUCAUAUAUUUAAACAACCAACAGGCGUUGUUUUCGUUUUAGCUGAUCCUUGGGAAUCAUUAUUACAAAAUCAAGUUGCUGUCUGGCUUGUACCAAUCGUUCUCAAAGAAAAACAUCUAUUUACAAUAUGUUUAUGGAUAUUUAUUCGUGUUUAUCAAACAAUAAAUGCUCAUUCAGGUUAUGAUCUACCAUACAUAAGUCCUCAAUAUUAUUUUCCAUGGUUAUUAUCUGGAACAUUACAACAUGAUUAUCAUCAUCAAUAUGCCAAAAUGAAUUAUGGAAGUUUUCUAACAUUAUGGGAUAGACUUAUGAAUACACAUAAACUAAAAAGAGAUAAUUAA